AUGAGCACCCUGAUUCACCAGGUGAGUUUGCAGCUCAUUGACUCAAGAGGAUGCUCGAACACACCCUGCACAGAAGGAAGAUUUCAUGAGGAUCAGCUCUAUCUGUUAUCCUUUCCUUUUUAAUUUCCUGAAGGCUAUUGGUGAUUCAAUGGCUCGCUCUCUUUCAGGAAUCUGCAUCUCCAGUGGACAAGGCAUUAGACCCCAGGAACUCUGCAUUUGAGGCGGCAGUGAGCAACCGGGAAAAAUUGGAUUUCAACAGAAACUUAAAAGAAGGUAGGAAGGGUGCUUUACAACCAUUGCGUUCAGUUAAGUCCACCUCCUUCAUUCUUGCCGUCUUUUCUAGGAAGAGGCCAUAAUUGCGUGGCAGAACACAAGCUUUGCAUUCACAGGGUACAAGAUUCACAGCAUCUCUAGUUAAAAUCACUUGUGUUGCAAAGUAGGAAAAGAACCUGCUGGAAGGACCUUGUGGAGGUCCUGUCAAGAGGGAUGCAGUGAAAGGUAGCUACUCAUAUCCAGUAGUGGCUGGUGUGGUAGGGCAGAGCUAUGGAGCCAUCCUCCUGGCACCUGCAUUGUUUCAGUUUGCCUGGAAGAGGGGCAGCAAAGGAAUAGUGAGGUUGAGGCUGCACAGUUGCAGCAGUGGAGCCAAUCUGGUGCUCCUGUCAGCGCAUCUUACAGGCCCCACCUCAUUGCUGCUGUGCCUCACCCAGAUAAGCUGUAGUGACGCCAUUGUCAGGAGGAUGGCUCUACAGUCCAGCUGCACCAUGCUGGCCCCUUCCGCCUGAAUCAUUUCCUUUUUGGAGUGGCUCCUUUGCUGCAGGUGGAUGUAGUUAUACUGACAAAUGUGCAUAAUAAUUUUAGAAUGUUCAUACUGGAUCAAACAGUUCAUCCAGCCAAGUGUCAUGACUUAAAGAGUAACUAACACAGUGGUACCUCAGUUGUCGAACGUAAUCCGUUCCGGAAGACUGUUCAACUUCUGAAAUAUUUGACAACCGAGGCGCAAUGGGCGAUCAGCAAAUUCCAUUGAAGAAAUGAGCCUCGGAAGCCGUUCAACUUCUGAGGCACGUUCGAAAACGGAAGCAUUCACUUCUGGGUUUUCGGUGUUCGAAAAUUGAAAGGUUCGGCUUCCAAGACACUAAAAAACUGAAGUAUUUAGCUAUAGAAUAAUCUGUCCCCUUCCUUCAGUCCCACCUUUCAGCAGUCGGUUUCUUAAAAAGGCCUAAUCAUCUUGGCCACUGAGGAAUCUGUCCUUGGAGAUUUGUCCUCCAUAAGCUGAUCCUGUCAUCAUUUCUGUUGUUCCAUAUGAUGAAUGCAUUGUUUAAAAUAAACUCUGAAACUUUUCUCCUUUUGAAUCAGAAAGCCACCUACAUGUUGUACGCUAACAUUCUUAUUUCUACAGUGAUGCCGACCAUUGAGAAGUUACUGUCCAGUGACUGGAAAGAGAGACUUCUGGGGAAAAAUCCAAUGGAAUCCAAAGAUGUGAAAGGUGAGUAUCUGGUCUGGUUUGGCUGGGACUGCUUUAAGGCCCAGACCACAGAGAGCAGGCAUAAUUUGUUCUAUUGGUUAGAGAGUGACAAUUGGACCCUUAGCCCCUCUUUCCCCCACAUCAGUUAAGUUAAAUUACAAAGCCUACUGUCAUUGAAUUAAUAUCACCAUAGCUCAUAAAGCUUUGCCUUAUUACGGAGGAUACAAAAUCAAUGAAAUAGACAUGGCUUCCCAUCAUUAGCUAGUGUAUCAUGCAAAUGUAUGUUCUAAUACAAGGGUGGGGAACCUGAGGCCCUCCAAAAGUUGCUGGGUUACUGCUCCCAUAAUCCCUGACCUUGCAGACUGGGGAUGAUGGGAGUUGUAGUCCUGCAACACAUGGUGCAAGAACCCCUGGUCUUUGGUGAGAAUUGUAUAUAUUAUUUAUAAUUCACAAAGCUGAUUGCAUGUGAUGAUUUCUCUAGGGCAUUUGCUAGGAAUAGGUCCCAGAACAAAAUCCAUAUUGGGCUGGUUCAUCGCAAGGUGGAACCAAAGUUUGUUUCAUCCCAUUUCCAUUUAGGUUUUCAAAGACAAAUCUACAUAUAUAAUCUUUAAAUCCCACACAGAAUACUUUGACAUAAGAAAUUAAGAAAAAAAAACAUAAGGUGGUCCAAACAAGGUGGUCAAAGAGCUACUUGCCUGCCAUCUUUUCUCAUUUUAUUUUUUUUAAAUCAUCUGCCUAAGAGCAUCUAGCUAGCUCAAAAAGCUCCUGCCACUACAUGCAUUGAAAUCAGUGUAGCAAGUAAUGGCAGGUCUUGAUGAUGUGCUGCUGUUCUCUGGAAAAUUUUGCAUACAUUUUGUAUUUUACAUUGACACCCCCCAGACACACACUUUAAAGUCUUUGUAAAAUAUGUAAAAUACACUUAAAAUGUAGGUAGGAUAGCAACAUUCCCCCCAAGAGUGACAACACAUCAUUAAAAAUGGAUCAAUCCUAGUGGGAUUUGCCACAUGGAUUUCAGUAUGUAUAGCAGAAACAGCCCCAUGCGCUAGUUAGCUGCUCUUAGGCAACUGGAAUUGCUUUUGAAGGAAGACAGGCCGGCCAGCCUUGAACCACCUCGUAAGAAAAUUCGUAAGAGAUUGGGAAUCCAGUCCUGUAUGGGUUCCAGAGUGAAUCCUUGCCCUGAGCAUAACAUUUGUCCAGGCAGAUGGGAUCAGGUCUGUCCACUUUGGAAUCAUGGCUUGCUGGAUUCCUCUUUGAUCCUCAGAAAUCUUGACUGAGUUUGAAUUGAUCCGUAUAGCAGCUAAUCACUAAAAUCUGCAUUUAUCUGCAUACAGAACAAUAGUUCUGAAGGAGGGGAAAGGCAUGCAUGUGUCCCAGCAGGAACCAUCUUAGAAAAGGCAUUUUCUCCUGGGUGGGAGAGUGAUGGUGGAAUGCCUUAUCUAAGAAGGUGCCUCCCCGCUCCCCAAUUUUGUGAGUACAGGUACCUGCAUUAAAAAGAAUUGAUUAUUAUUAUUAUUAUUAUUAUUUUAAAAAAAUCUGCUACCUGAUUAAUUGCAGCCACCUUUUUAAUGAAUCAAAAGAUAUGCAGUCAGCUAUGCUUAAUUGAUUAUACAUUGCAGACCUAGAUUUAUCCAACUCUCGGGGGGCAGGGAGCUAUGUGUUUAAAGAAUGCGUGAAGGCGGUUGUGUGGCUUGAUCAGCCAGCCCUGCCUUUCUUGCCCGUGUGUAGCAGUGCCAACCCAUGCCAUCUGCACAUAUGCUGAUAUGUGAAGGGGCUCUACCUGCCCAUUGAUGUACACAGGUAGAACUUCAUGCGAAGGUGGGACCCUGACUGGUGCCUCCCACCAGUUCAUGGGGACUUCUGUGUGUGCAGAUGAGCAUGUGAGUAGAUCCCCUUCAAAAAUUAACUGAACAGGGAGCCUUAAUCCCUGUGCAAAUGGUCAUCAGGCACAGGGCUAACCUACCUAGUCCCCUUACACUUUCUUUCAAUGUGUGUGUGUUGUUCGAACCCCCUUCACUCUCCACAAAGUGCUUAAUGAAUUAGAUGUUGCAGACCUAGAUUUACGAACUCUCUUCCUGUCCUUCUUCCUCUUCCUUUUUUCCUUUGGGCUCUUGUUUGUCCCAGGAACCCAAGAAAGCCUGGCAGAGAAGGAGUUGCAGCUGCUGGUCAUGAUUAACCAGCUGUCCAUCCUGCGGGACCAGCUGCUGACUGCCCACUCGGAGCAGAAGAACAUGGCAGCUAUGCUGUUUGAGAAGCAGCAGCAACAGAUGGAACUGGCCAGGCAGCAGCAGGAACAGGUAGAAAGUAGAACACAACUUUGGGGCUGUGUUUGUUCUUCUCAACCUUUGGGAUAGGUCUUCAGGAAGUGGCUUGGAUGCAGGUUGGCCAGAGCCCAUGUGACCUUGGCAAAUAAUUUUGUCAAUUCUGUCCCUGAUAUAAUAGUGCUACAGGAGUUACUGGCACUUUACAUAUCUCAAGUGAUUUAGGGGGGAAACAAUUUAGAAGUAGUGUGGCUGGUGUGGGAGUCACAAUGAAGUGAGAGUCACUCACACAAUCUGUUCUAAAGCACUAAAAGCCUUACUACACAAAUCAAAUAAUGGGUAGGCACCAAGUAAGUUUUACUAGGUACAAUUCCAUCGAAAUUAAUCAACAUGACUCAGUUAGGACCAGUCAGUGGAUUGACUCUGGUUAAAACUGAGUUGAAUAUCACCCUUAUCUGGAAUGGGAAAACAGCACUGGUAUAAAGUGAACAGGUUCACAAGUCACAUAUCGUAUUAUCUUCUGGUGAUGCAGGGAGGUAAUGCUGGUGGGAAUAGGUAGAUCUGGACUACUGCAUGGUGACAGGGAAGAGUUAAAGGUUUUAUUAGCUGUAGCCAUACACAGCAUAAUCCUAUGCAUAUUUAAUCUGGUGCAAGCCUCACGAGGAUUACAAUUGUAGACUUAAAAAAUGGAAAACAGUUAUAGUUACACAGUAUUUGCAAUCAUGAGAAUUUGGGGGUGAGUGGGAGAACCAGCUAUUAAUGAUAGUACCUUUUCCCCAUGCAUGUAGAAUUCAGUUCCACAAACUACUUACAAUGAGCUACAUGAAUUAUAAAUGUAGUUUGAUCAAUGUCUAUAGAACUGUAACGGUUAAGUGCAAUUAUGACCACUUUACAGUGAUUUGUGAAUCACGUUGAUUCAUCUCUCUGUAUAUCAUUGCCUAUUGGAAUUCUUAGAUCCUCAUGAUAAAAAAGUGUACAGUUUCCAUGGUAUGUGUGAAUAUGGAGGAAAAAAUAGGAAAACAUAGAGAACCAAAAGGAAGGUUUUUUGAAAAAAACACCAAAACUAAAGAAAACAUUCUUGUUUCAACCUUGUGAUUUCCAAGUCCAUCAAUCAAGACUUUUCAAAGGUUCAUAUCCCCAUUUUUAGGUCUAUAAUGAUCAAGCAGUUGUUAACAUGGAAGAAUAAUUGCAACAUGCACGUCAGCUGCACUUUGACACCUGUCGUAUUUCUGAAAUGAUAAACCAAGUAGCAGUCAUAGUUAUGUACAAAUUAGUUGCCAGUUUAUACUCGUCAUAGGACUAAGACAAGUUGACAGCCCCUGUAGGAUACAAUGGAACCUCGACUUGCAUACGCCUCAUCUUGCGGGCGUUCCAAGUUGCGUCCACGGCAAAUCCGGAAGAAAACACCAGGUUUGCCGUGAUUCACGCAUGCGUAGAAGCGGCUUCUGCCAUCUGUGUGUGCGCAGAAGUGCCUGCCACCGAAUUUGCACGCGCACAAGACGCCUCUUCUAGCGUACCAUUUUGACCAGCGGACGGACCUCCGGAACUGAACAAUUUUAAGAAAAUGAGAUUCCAGAGGAGUGGACAUAUUAGUUUGCUGCGGCAAAGUAGAUAAAAACUACCUAUUUUAUUGCCACUUGAGUCUUUUAAGUAAGGACAAUCAUUUACUUCAUCAGGUGUAGUUAUGCAUUGCAGUGCUACCAAAUUUGAGAGACAGGAAGCCUUCAUGAUUUAGAAUUAAUCCCAAGAUCUUAGAUUUUAGGAUGAGGUUAAGUAUUGGGAUACCACUGCCUAACUCCAACUCUGUAGAACCAUAAAAUGCUAUCACUUUUCAGGCCCAGUUCUAAUGUAAUGCUGUACACAUUAUAUCAGGGGACAUGAACCUGUGGUCCUCCAGUUGUUGCUGGAUAUAUGGAUGGCUGCAGGUUCCUCACCCUGCAUUAUAUUCUCAUUUUCUGCUCUGUAAUGUGCAAAUCUGAUACCAGAUUGAUUCAAAUAAUGUGCUCAUUCACCUCUUCCUUACAAAUACUCAAGCUUGGCUUGUGGAAGGGCUGGGAGGUUCUCCUUUGUAAUAAAGAUGGAGAAGCGCUUGGGAAAGCUGAAUGGGAAGCGUCAUGUGUCUUGAGGUUCUCAAUGCCUGGUUCAUAGGCAGCAACUCUCAUGGGCUGCCUGUGUUCAUUUGGCCCCUUGGCCCUUCAUAGUCUUCUCCUCUUGCAGAUUGCCAAACAACAGCAACAGCUGAUCCAGCAGCAACACAAGAUCAACCUGCUACAGCAGCAAAUCCAGGUAAAAGGGGUCUCCUUUCUCCCUGCACAUAGCAAGGAAGAUAGACUGAAAAUCAGGAGACAAAGGUUUGGCACCUGGCUCUGCCAGAUGUUCCCUGUGUAACUAGGUUAGAUGUGUCACGUGAAUUCUUUUUCUAGCUGUCCAGAAAUUGACAUAGAAGCAGGACAAUAGCGAACUGAACAUGGAUUCAAACCAUAAGAUAGGUCUGCCAAUGGCUGCAAAUCUAAACCCCUUAUUUAAAAGUAAAUCCCAUCAAAAUCCAUGGGUCUCACUUCAAAGUGAAUGUGUUUUAGACUGGGGUGUAUGUUGUACAUCAGGGUUGGUUAAUCUGUGGCCCACAGUUCUGAUUAGGCUUGCCAUGCUUCCCAAUUUGGUCUCUGAGGCCACCUGCCUUACACCUGAAGUCAUCUAUGACAUCAGUUAUGGGGCAGGUAAAGAUUUUUCUUAGCUGUAAAGGGGCUGGUGGCACCUGCAAAGCCCUGUGCUUAUUGCCCUGCACAGCUCUUUGCAAGCCUUGGCAAUUGUCUGAUCGCUGGUGUUUGCAGAUAGCUGUGUAUAUAGUGUUUUAAAGCCCUAACAACCAGCUAAUCAUCAGGGCUUCAAAGCACCAUAUGUGGCUCUCUGCAAGGACUCAUGAGCAGCUGAUUGUUACCCUUUUAGCAGAAGAUUCCAGGGACUGAACCCAGGACCUUCCUCAUUCAAAGCAUGUGCUCUACCGCUAAGCCAUAGGCCCUUCACUUUGAAGGCAAAUUGAUCAAAGCCAUUGUGCAGAGGGGAGGUUCUAAUUUCCCUCCUGCACUGCAGCCCCUGUCCAAAUCGCCCUCCUGCACUGCAAAUUCCCACCAUCCCUUCUGGCUUCCUUGAGCACAGAAAAGAAAAAAAUGGCACUGGAUAUGCAUUUCCCCAUCUCAUUCUCACUGUAGUUUGACCCUAAGCUUCAGCCUUCCCUCCACUGCAGUAUGGAAUGGUUGUACCUCCAUAGAUAUGUUGGGAGGGUACAGAAAGGUCGGCGGUUCGAAUCCCCGCGACAGGGUGAGCUCCCGUUGCUCGGUCCCUGCUCCUGCCCACCUAGCAGUUCUAAAACACAUCAACGUGCAAGUAGAUAAGUAGGUAAGGAAGGUAAACGGCGUUUCCGUGCACUGCUCUGGUUUUGUCAGAAGCGGCUUAGUCAUGCUGGCCACAUGACCUGGAAAAACGGUCCGCGGAAGCGGACAAACACCGGCUCCCUUGACCUGUAAAGUGAGAUGAGCGCUAUAACCCCAAAGUCCUUCACGACUGGACUUAACUGUAAGGGGUCCCUUUACCUUUACCUAAUGGAGUGAAAAGUAAGAAAGCCAUAGAGAUCUCUCCAGAACUUCGUUCACAUGAUCUUGGAUAAGUCUUUUUGGAUAGAUUCUGUUGUUCUCUAAAGGCAAUGCUUUUUUUUCUAGAGAAACAGGAGCUGGUACUCAACAUGAAGUUGUUACAAUAAGCAUGGACAUAGCCAGGAUUUUUGUUUGGGGGAGGCAGGCUUGGGGGGGGCAGAACCUCAGAUUUGUGUUGAUUUUUAUUGAUUGGGGGGCAGCUGCCCCCCCUGGCUACGCCCAUGACAGUAAAUGCCACAUUUUUAACCAAAACAGAGGUGCCAGUACUAUGUACCCUUCAGUACCCCCUAGAAAAAAGCACUGCUUAAAGGUAACUUUGUAUUUGGCUCUGUUUGUCUGUCUGUCUGUCUGUCCCCCCUCACUCUUUUCUCUCCAGCAGGUCAACAUGCCCUAUGUAAUGAUUCCAGCCUUUCCUCCCAGCCACCAGCCUCUUCCGGUCUCCCCAGAUCCUCAAAUGGCACUUCCCAUCCAGCCAAUCCCUUGUAAACCAGGUAUGAAGAGGCCAAGAAAAGUGUUGAAUUCUGGUUAAUGGGACACAGUCUUUCUGGGUGCUUCUGCUCAGUUGUCUUGCAUGUCCAUGGGACCACACAAGUCUAUGCGGUUGGCAAAUUAGUAUCUUCGAUUAAAGCCAAAUCAGUCAGGCUUCUUGGAUUUAAAGAGCUGGUUCCAGCUAGCCUGUCUUGGCUUUCAUUUGAGUCAGCAAAAUGUUUGGGGCUAGCCUUGCCUCAGAAAAGGGCCAAGAAACCAUCCAGGAUUACAGUUAGUGGCCCUGCAGCUGUGGCAGAAAAUCCCAAAUUGUCUCGGUAGGGUCUUGGAGGAACUGGCAGAGCUUUAUGGUCUGGGCCGCACAGUCAAGAGGGAAGGCCUCUGUCCCCCCUCCCCACACCCCGCCAAGUGCUGCAUCUGUAGGAACUGUUUUCGGAAAAGCUCAUUUGGGCUCCCCUGAUCCUCAGAGGAGUCUGUGGUUUAGUUAUCAGAGGUGUUUUCUCAGGGUUUAGGGGAUAAGAUGUAGGCUCCAAUGCCAGUGGAUUCACAUGAGAAGGACCAGUGUGUGGAUCUGUCUCCUCCUUGGGGCUGCUGUCAUAGGAAGACUCUGCAUCAGAGGACCAUGACUCCCUCAAAUGCACAGAGACACUAUUGAUUAGCUGUUAAACCGAUUUCAAUUUUAUGCAAGCCUGUUUUGGGUUGCCUAACCCUGAGAGCCCCGUUUGAGUUUCCUAGCUCUUAAUGCAGAAAGCUUGCGAUUCCUGGCGAGAUUUCGCUGGGAGAAAGAUUUGAGCAGCUGUUUGAUUCGGUAACUAAUCUCCGACUGUUCUCUUUCCUGUCCCAUCUGCAGUGGAGUACCCCAUGCAACUGCUGCACAGCCCCCCUCUGUCCGCACUGAAGAGACCCGCAAGCUCAGGCCACCUACAGAUCCAGGUGCAACCCUCAAACUGUUUUCUCUGUGGGCUCCCAAACUCCUCUGCGAAUGCACUUCUACUCUCCUUCUCUCCUUCCUUUUCCUUUUCCUUUUCAGGAAUCUUCCCAGCCACUGAACUUAACAGCAAAACCCAAAGGCUCCGAGCUCCCCAAUUCCUCCAGUUCACCCAGCUUAAAGAUCAGCAGCUGCCAGUCCCUCACUCCUAACCAUGGGGUCUCUCAGGAGCUGCAGACCAGCCCUCCCAGCCUCCCUUUGGGUAAGUGUUAAGUUGUGGGUGAACAUAUCAGACGACACAGCGAUUCUUCAAACAGCUCUUGUUUACUCACAGGCCAGAACAGAACUGAGCUGAAGGGUUCAGCCAGCCUGUUUAUAUAGAGCUCUACUACAACACAACAGUAACCACUUUCUGUAACUAUCCAAUCACUGAACUUCACUUUCAAUCCCUUAUUUGCAUAUGUGGACCUGAGUGAAAACUAUCUACAGUAUCCCCCUGCUGGCCCAGGGUGAGAACUUCAGUACAUAACAGUAAGGCUAUGGAAAUUCCCCCUGAUCAGGUUCCGAGCUGGCACAGAAGUGCUUCUGCAUUUGGAUGACAACUGCAAGCUCAUGAUUUGUUACCUUGCUCUCUUCAUUUGCUGCGGGAAAAGAUCUGCACCCAUCCCUGGAUUUAGGAAGGACUUGAACCUGGCAUUCCUCGAGAUUCUGUUUGGUAUUGUUUUCCUCUGUUGGUCCUGCUGCACCAGUGUUGGAAGGGGAGAGGCUGUAGCUCAUUGGUAGAGCAUACAGAAAAUCUCCCAGGUUCAAUCCUGGCAUCUCCAGGCAGAACUAAGGAAGACUGGAGAGCUGCUGUCAAUCAGUGGAGGCAAUGCUCAGUCCUGGUCUAACUCAGUAUAACACAACUUCAUAUCAGUUAUAUCCACAUGCUCUGUUUAAAUGUGUUUCAUUUAAUAUAUGUUUAAUUUUUCAGUAAUUUAAAAUCCCAAGCCUGCUUGUGUAUGGAAGUUUUUUGCUUUGGUUUUGAAAAGGAAGAUACCAUGAGAAAUAUACUUUCACUAUAGAGUAAGGUUAUCAGAUGUCCCCAUUUCCUGGGGACAGUCUCCGGAUUUACAAAUCAGUCCCCAUACCAAAUCCAUUGAAAUUGAAAAGUGUCCCCAGAUUCAUUGAAAAAAACUGGUAACCUUACUCUAGAGCAGCCUUUUCAACCAAUGUCCUCCAGAUGUUUUGAACCAAAGUUUGCAUAAUCCUUGAUCAUUGGCAAUGCUGGCUGGGACUGAUAUGUGAGCCUAAACAUCUAUGGAAAGCACUAGAUUAGGAAAGGGCUGCUCUAGAAGCACAUAUUCAAAUUCACUAAAAUGUGAUUUGUUUCCCAUUUAACCACUUUGCUGUGGUCAAAUACAGAAUCCUUAUGAAUCUCCAUAAGUGGGGACCUGAAUCUCCAUUCUUUAUGGUAAAGGUAAAGGGACCCCAGACCAUUAGGUCCAGUCGCAGACGACUCUGGGAUUGCGGCGCUCAUCUUGCUUUAUUGGCCAAGGGAGCUGGCGGACAUGUGGCCAACAUGACUAAGCCGUUUCUGGCGAACCAGAACAGCGCACAGAAACACUAUUUACUUUCCUGUCAGAGCGGUACCUAUUUAUUUACUUGCACUUUGACAUGCUUUCGAACUGCUAGGUUGGCAGGAGCUGGGACCAAGCAAUGGGAGCUCACCCUGUCGUGGGGAUUUGAACCGCAACCUUCUGAUUGGCAAGCUCUGUGGUUUAACCCACAGCGCCACCCGCAUCCCAACAUUCUUUAUGGUACAGUGCUAGUAUUUCCAAAUAAAUAGCUGCAGAGUACCUGGAUGUAAUAUAAUGUGUUUUGCAUGAGAGGGGCCCACCCUGCAGUUUCAUGAUAAUGGAAGGCACAAGAUAACUAAAGCUUUCUCUUUCUGAUCUUUUGAUGGGUCUGAGGAGAAGAUUAAUGGGAUGCUUUAGAAGACAAUGGAUCUAAGACUGCUGGAACUGGAACUUAAGUGGCAUGCCUUUCUUCCCCAAGUACCUUUCUGAGAAUGAGCUCUGUGCAAGGGUACCAGAUCUGCUUGAUCUUGUGACACUGAUUCCAUUCCAUUUUUAAAUUUCAGGGUUCCUGGGGGAGGGAGAUGCUAUCACCAAAGCAAUCCAGGAUGCCCGGCAGCUUCUGCACAGCCAAAGCAGAGCGUUGGAUGGAUCUCCAAAUCAUCCCUAUAGGAAGGUAAGUGGUAUUUCUGAGACAGGUUUGGUCUUAAAGAGGGAGAGAGUUGGGAUUUCCGUACUGUUUCAGGCACUAUACUUAUGCAUGUGUGUUUGCCUUGUACAUUUAUGAACAAUUAUUCUGUAUAUAUAAAACCUUAGAUUUCCUAUAACACCCUGAAGAUGCACUCUCUGUUAAAAGUCAGGUGUGAAAACCAUAUUUUUGAGGAAGUAGAUACGAAUAAGUAUAAUGUGGAAUCUGUGGAGGGAUAGGCCCAUCACCUGUAAGGAAUGUGACUGGUACCCAAGUUUUCAAAGUCAACUUUUGUAAUAGUGAAGAAUGAACUUGCCAAGGCUCAAUUAGGAACAGACUCAUUUAUAAUGAGCUAAUUGGAACUUGGUUUGGACUUGAAUUUAGGUAUACAUUUUUAAGCUUGAGGCAUGCUGAGCUUGUGCUUCUAUCGAGGUCAUCAGGAAUAUGAGAAGGCUUGUGAGCUUCUUAGUUGAGCUUCUACCCCAAUAGACAGUGUAGUGAGGAUUCCAUAAUUACCUCCACUGUCCCUUCUUUUUGCCCCAAAAUAUACUCUGCAAAGGCAACAAGAAGGGCUGAUGCUGCAGUCUAGAUAAGGCAUCCCCAACCUUCAGCCCUUCAGAUGUUUUGGACUACAAUUCCCAUCAUCCCUGACCACUGGUCCUGUUAGCUAGGGAUCAAGGGAGUUGUAGGCCAAAACAUCUGGAGGGCUACAGGUUGGGGAUGCCUGGUCUAGAUGCAGCAACAGCAUCCCAGGUACCAGGUUCCCUGGGAAUUGCAGUCUCCCAGAUCUUCAACUUUCUUAUUAAGACACUAGAAUCUUUGGGGAAUUAUAUUUCCCAGGACUUCCCAUGCUGCUGUAGGACCUAAGCUGUAACAGUAUUAGCCCUUUUCAUCACCUCCAACACUGCCAGAUUGAUUCAGUGGGUAAGGGAAGAGGUGUGGCGGUGGAGAGGCUGUUGCUGGAACCAAACAAAUUAUAAUCUGGUUCUGGACCUUGGAGGGUUGGGGGUUGGGUCAGGAUUAGCCCAGAAAUUCUGAACUGGGAAGCUUGUGCCCCAAUUCUGAACUUCAGGAGCAUCAUUAAAUAGAAUUCUUGCUCUGUUGUCAUAAAGUUACAAGAAGAUCUUGCUCCCAUGACUUUUGUCUUUAGAGUGAUGCUUUUAGAAGUGAUCUAGAAUGAUUGUUGGAAGUUCCAGUCUGGUUUCAAUGGGGCUUCCCUCUAAAUUGAGGGGAUUCUGAAAUUUUCCUGCCCUGCUUGCUGAGUUCAAACAUGGUGGUGUGUUCUAAACAACCUUUCCAGGCCACUUUGUCUUGCAGAUAGUGCUGCAUGCUGGUCUUGGGCUGGUCCUUGGCUGUCCAGUCAAGGAGCAGCUUUUAGGCUAUGCAGCCCUGCAUUUUGGGGCUCCUUAUUUCUCAAAAGUCAUUUACUUUUGGCUAACAAGAAGUAAAAGCAUACAGUCUUUAUUUAGCACAAAGUGCAUGCCGGUAAAUGCUUCAGUUGAAGUUUUCAUUCGAGUCACUCCUAACCUUGCUUGCCCUGGUAAAAUUCAGUAAACCACCUUCCCAUGUGCUUUCAGGACCAUGUCAGCUUGGAUUCUUCACCUGCAAAAGAACAGGUGGAUGAGACUUCUUUGCAGAGACUGGAUGAGUCCAUGCUAACCUGUGAUGGGGAUGGUAAUGAUAGUUGAUCAUAAAAAAUUUAUCUAUGGUAGAAUUGGGUGCCCCCCGUUUCUGUUCCUCAUAGGUGCUUCUGCUGCAGUUAACAUCUUUCAGGUCUCCAAAGCCCAAUAAUUGGGGUGGGGGAAAGGCCAAGCUGAAAAAUCCCAUUUAGUUUGUAUAAUGAGAUUCCUCCCCCAUGAAUCCAUGAAGUUCUCAGCUUCUUUUCAGUUCCACACUCAGCUGAUAUGCAGAAACCACAUUGUGCUAUCUAUAGCUGGUGUAGGAGACCUUUGGCUCUGCAGACAUUGCUGAACUUCAGCUCCCAUCAGCCCUAGCGACCAUGGUCAAUGGUCAGGGAGUUGUAGCUCUGCAAUACCUGGAGGGCCAAAGGUUCUCCACACAUGGCCUAUAGGUAGCACAAUGUGGUUUCCACAUGUCAGUUGUAAGUGAAACUGCAAAGAAGCUGAGAAUUUGUGAAGUCCAUGGUUUGGGGAGGGCAGGACUGCUGCCUCUAACUGCAGAGGCAGACUUUACCCACCAAUAUCUCUCUCCUCUAUUAAUCUGUCCAAUCCUAUUUUAAAGCCAUCUAGGUUAGUGGUCAUCGCUGCCUCUUGUGGAAGCGAGUUCCCUAGUUGAACCACGCACUGCAUGAAGAAGUAUUUUCUUUUCUAAACUGAGUCUGCUGGUUGCUCCUAAACGUCCUAAUUCCUUGCCAGUUCUGUUUGGCUUGGCUUUGCCAGUGUCUCUAUAGUGGCUGUUCCUUGGUCUUUCCUUCACAGGCUCACGACAUUUCCCCGAAUCCAGGAACAACAACCACAUAAAGCGUCCCAUGAAUGCCUUUAUGGUGUGGGCCAAGGACGAGAGACGCAAGAUCUUGCAGGCCUUCCCAGACAUGCACAACUCAAGCAUCAGUAAGAUUCUAGGUAAGUCUGUGGGCGGGUGUCCUUAUUUGUUCUGCUCCCCCCCUUCCCCUCCAUGGCUUUUGGGAUUCCUGUAAGGCACAUUGUUAGCCCCAUGCACCCUCAGGCAAGGAAUUACUGCUAAUCUCAUGCAGGUUACCAGCAGGCUGUGCGCUAGGAUAAAAGCACAAAAGCAAAUCCUCCUCAUAUUCUCUCUCUUUCUCUCUCAGCUGUCUUGAUUCUUUGGCUCUGACACCUGAGCACACAAGCAGAUGUGAAAGCAGCACUUUCUAUUUUUUAAGGUCUUUUUUUGCAUUAGAAAAAGAGAGAGCAAAAACCCACAUGUGCAGAGGAAGCCCAUUCUCAGGGAGCUAUAGAUACAGCUGUGGUUGUGGGCCUUUUUUUGUUUUUUGCAACCUAGUGACAUAAACUGCUGGCUUUGCACUGACCUAGAGAAGCAGUUCUAGGCCUUCCUUGGCAGCUGUGAAGUCAGCAGGCAGCCAGCUUUUCCCAGUAGCCCUCAGGAGUGAGCCUGUACAGACUUAGCACUUCUUCCAUUCAGCAGCAAGCCUAUUCUGUCUCUUGUUCUUUAGAGCUUUGCUGCUGGAAGAAGGAACAAAAUAAGGCUUCCUUCCAGGAACAGGAUUCUGAGCUGUGGGUUGGUGGGAGGCAGUCUGUGGACUGCCGCCAACCCAAGGAACUGGUGCUUGAAAACCUGGAACUUAGAAGAGAGGUUUCCAGUAGGCGAUUUUCUCUCUUCACACCAGCAUGCAGCUGACCUAAAGAUGCCGGGCAUGCAAAGUUAUUCUGAAAUUCACAGCUAGCAGAAAUCCUGAUCGGUUGCUACUGAUGAGUGCUAAUUAGGUGGCAAUCUACAACAUGCCUAUAUUCAUUCUAAUCUGCAGGAUUACCUGUGGAACCCAUGGUGAUUGGGCAGAAAGGAUGGCUUAUCACAAACCAGCCUAAGUGAUAAGAGCACUGCAAGUAUCUUGCCUUGGACCACAAGGAAGCAAAGGGGGUGUGAAUUAAAUGAAGCAGUGUAGGAACUGCUCUGAAAGAGUCAUGGAAAUGAUAAGCAACCUGCAUUGACUUCUCUAGUGCUUUUAUUGGAAUCACAAUAAAUUUUUGGCCAUCUAGAUUUAUCUCUCUUUAAAUUAUAAAUUAUUGACCGUCUAGAUUUAUCUCCCUUUAUCACUAUUCCCUGUAGACAAUAUUUUCCCUACCAACAGUGCUACACUAGGCCUUGCCUACUCCUGGAUGAUCUCUGCCCUCAGCAACACUCAUGAAACACAUGCUUAAAACAAAGGCCUGUGCAUCAGGCCAAAUCCCAUAGCUUGGAGGUCCAUAAAGUGUGGCCUUUGGACCACCAGUUCAUUGAGAUGGCCCAUGGUUUGCCUGUGGAUUUAUGGUUGAAGAUAGGAGAUGGCACAUCCAUUGCAGUGAGUACAGUGGAACCUUGGUUCUCGAACGGCUUAGUUGCCGAACAAAUCUGCUCCCGAACGCCACAAACCCAGAAGUGAGUGUUCCUGUUUGACCAACAGUCAAGUUGGUCAACCGAUCAAUUUUACAGUUUUCUGCCAAAAGUUAUAACUAUUUUUGUGUCAACAGCAAAUAUCGUAAUCUGUGAAGUAUAUACAAUGGCAAGACACACAACAUGUGUACACCUGAUAAAAUGGAUUAUUUUGCUUAAAAAUGAUAAUACAAAAGGCAACUCCCAGGUCUCAGUUUCUUACAAAGUAUCGCCAUGACAACCCACAUGAAUUGAGAAAGUAGCCCCGGGUUUUUUGCAGUGGCCAUAGCAAGCUGAGCCACUUGAUGCAUACUUUUCAUUCCAUAGAAAACCCCCUUGUAUGGCAAUUAUCCCUGUUAGCAAGCUUAACAACCACAGGGGCUUGCUUAUAAAGGACCAAAAUAAUAAGUAGAUCUACAGCUUUUGUACCUCUGCAGCUUUCCCAUCCUGUUUUACAAGCAGUCCAGGUAAACAAUUCUAAGGGAUUCUAAGGCCUGGCUGGGGAAAACCUGAGGGUGAAGGAACACUUUUGCUCCAGUCACUGUGGCUUGCCCCAACCCCUGCCUGGUCCUCCACAACUUUUCUUAGACCUGGCAGCUGUAUGCUGUUGUUCUGCUACAUCAGUGUAGAUAUACAUCCAUGGUGCUUUAAAGUUUAACUUAAGGAGGGGAAAGACAAUGAGCUUCUUGGGACAGGGGCCUGUCAAAAACAUUGACAGUGGGGUCAGUAAAGGAAGGGGAAUGAUGACAUGAGAACUCUUCUUAGUUGCAGGGAGUUCUGCUGUAUAAUAUUCCCAGCUGGUGGGUGGUUUCCAGCCUAAACUAUUGAGCAAAAAUUGGCAUAUGCUCUGCUGCUAGAUUAGAAUGAGAUUACCUUGUAAUCAUCAGAGCCAGUAAGCAGGGGACCCAAUCGUAAGAACAUAUACCUCUGAAAACUCAGGUUGUGAGAAUAUAGUACUUGCUAUAUAGCUUGCUAUAUAAGGUAUAUUUUGAAGACUGUUCCAAUAAGCAUAUUUUGAGAAAUCAUAUGAUCACUCAUCACCUGAAUCUCAACCCAAAAUUUAAGUAGAAGAUUGUGAACUCUUGGAUAAUAGCAUACACUCAGGGCAAUCCAUGUAUACUCAGAAGUAAAUUUCUGUUGAACUCAAUGAGGCUUACUGCCAGGUAAGUGGGCAUAGGAUUUGAGCCUUAAAAGCACAGGGCAGUAUUCAAUUGCUACAUCUACUUGCACAAUGGGACUCCCCCACUCUCUGUCAUGCACAUCCCACACUCUCCCCAAAUCUGCUCCAGAAGGUUGCGGGGAGCCCCUAGAAGAGAUUUAGAGAGUGCAUGGCAGGGAAAAGAGGGAGGAAAUGUUCCAUUGUGGAAGGAGAAGUCCUUGUGCUGAUGGAACACGAAUCUUAGUGCUAGGCUGGAUUCCACCCUUGCUUUGUGUGACAUCCAGCUCCUUGUCUGGUCUUUUUGUACACCACAGGUAGAAGUUAACAGCACAAUACCUAAUAUAGAUGUCAUGUUUUGUUAAUGCUAAACAAAAAUAACCCUCACUAGCGGCAGUGCUGUCUCACUCAAGCAUGUGUUUCCCAUGAUGUGGCCUAGUGUUGAGCUGUCGCAUAGCCUGGGUGGUUAUUUAAAGAGGUUGGUGUGGUUUCUGAAGGAGGUCUCAGUCCACUGGUGCUGGGAGUGAACAUGUUAUGCUUCAGCAUUGGAGGUUUGUGGCUUACUCUCCGCAUGUUUAAUCUGGGCUUGUGCAUUGUUGCUAAAAUAAAAGUAAGGGCUCUUUAUUUAAAGGAGUGCUCUUAACCCACGUUGACCUUCAGCAUCAAGGGGCCUUGUGGUAGACUGCCUUUUUCACCCCGCAACCUACAAAUAGCCACUGUGAUGGAUUUGUGUUACUUAAACAUUACUUAUUUGAGAGAGCAUAUCUCAAAGUUUUCAUGAGCUAGCUGGGGGAAUUUGCACCAGAAUCUUUCUGGCAUAGUCUGAAGGUGUGCAAAUUUGUAUCGUGCCCACAUGAACUGCAGCAGCUGAAUACUUCACAGAUAUUAAUGAAUGUAACACUGGUUAGAGCUGCAUCAGGAGACAGUAGAAUCGACUAGAUCUCUUCUGAAUGCAGAUGAGGAUGUUGCCAUUUUUUAAUGCUCUCAAUUUUAAUUUUGAUUACCUACAAGUAGAAAUUGGGAAGAGGGAGCUGCUUCAUGGUGUGCCAGUUUCUGCUGCAAAGAGGGGUGUUUCGUGGGUUUUUUGUACUUAGGUAAAUAUUCAUAAAUGGCACCCCUGCCUGCAGUCAGAAAUGAUAAUGGUCCAUUCUGCCACCUCAUUCAGCUGUAUUUGCAAAUCUGGCCUCAAGACUCAUCAUUGUUUUGAUUUUGAGUUUCUUUAAUAGUUAAGGGGUAGUUCAACCCACCUUGCUUUGCUGUAGUUUCCUUCUCCAAGAAGUCUUGACCAAAUGAAUUUUGUCCAGGCUGAGUUUCUCCUGAAUGCUUGCUGUGUUGUUGUUUUUAGUCCUGUCUGCCAAAGUAAUCUUGGGCUGAUUUUCUUCCUCUGCUUCUUCCCCUGCUUGGACGAAACCUUCCAUAUCUCUCCAGCCUGCAUUCUUCACACACUUUCUGGUGGGAAUGACAGUAAAGGUCACCCAGCCCAGGAAAUUCGAGUUACAGCGGGGCAGCCUAUUUUAGCUGUUGCACCUGCUCACCAUACCUUGUGCUGGGAAGAAUUCAAAAAGAGCAGCAUAGGAAGGUGACAGGAAAGGUCAGCAGGAGGGAGGGGUUCUCAUUAGCAAUAGGUGGGCUGCCUGUUCACUGUGGUUUGUGGCCUUUUAUAUGGAAAGGCUGGAUUAUCGCAGUGGACUCUAGGUGGAGCAAGCCCUCAUCUUGGUCUGGAAACUCCAACUGGUGCAAAACACUACCGCUAUCCUAUUUGUGGGGACAGACUAUCGCCAGCACAUAACGCCAUGGUUUAAACAGUUUGCGCUGGAUGCUCAUAUGUUACCAGUCCAAGUUAAAGGUUCUUGUAUUAAUUUGCAAAGCCCUUAACAACUGUUAGUGGUCCCCAGUGACUCAGAUGCACGACUUGUAUCCCCCACAAGCUGUACAUUUGGUAUUGUGGGCCUGAUUCUGAGGCACUUCCUCUUAGCUGAGAUCAGGCAGAUCCCCUCCCUGUUAGAACUUUGGGCAUUUGAAAAGACCUUUCUGUUCCAGCAAGCAUUUUAAGGAAGUUCUCUGUUCUGAUGUUUAAUUUUCAUUGAUAUUAUUCACCAUAUGCUUUUUGUAAUUUUUUAUGCACACAAUUUAGAAACAUGAGCAAUUAAGUGGCAUAUAAAUAGCUGAAAGAAAUAAAAUUAAUUAAAUUCUCACUUGUCUGUUUUGGUAUUUGGGCCUUGCAGUCUGGCUCUUUUUACCACCUCUCAAGUAAUGCAGUGUUUGAAAUGUGCAGUGCAUCUCUCUGAAAUAAUAACAUAUGUAAACAACCUUUCUGAGUCAGUGUUUGCUGCUUGACAAUAGCUAAGAGUUUCAAAUGAAAACUUUUCAGCUAUAUGUGGUCAUUACAAGGUGAAGAAGUCUUUAUUAAGCACUGCGUCUCCUGGAUUUUGGUGGUUUGGUUUGAUUUUUGGUGUUCAUCCUUUUGCAGUGGUUAUCUUGUGCUUGGAUAAUUUUUUUGUGGAUGAGCACUUUCAUUAUAUUUCUUUCGUGUUAAUGGAUUUCAUAGUAUAUUGUAUUUUGUACAUUGUCCUUGUGAAUAACUUCGUUUCCUUCUGGUAGUGUGAAGCGACAUUAACCAUGACGUUAGGGUUAGUGUUCACUGAGGACAUAAAACAUAUACCUAUUUAAAAAUGUGCAAACUGAACACAUGGAGGAAUCUAUGGUCCUUGCUCCUAGCUUAAGUGGAUUGAAAAUAUUUGAUGGACACCUGCCUCUGCUCUUCUUCAUUUAAAAGGCACAUAAGGCAUUUUGCAAGGGGAUGCAGAGAUAUAGGAUUUGUUUUGUUUUUGAAAUGGGUGCUCCAUCUGGCAUAUCCAUUGCCUUGAUCAAGUCUUGCACAAUUUCUAGAUGAGCACUAUUCCCUAUAUGGGGAAAUUUUUAAUGUUUGAUGUUUUAUUCUGCUUUUAUAUUUGUUGGAAGCCUCCCAGAGAGAUUGGGGCAACCCAGUCAAAUGGGCAGGGUACAACUACUUCAACUACUACUACUACUACUACUAUGUGAUCUACCUGAUGCAGCCUGUUUGUUGUAAUUUAUGGCCUGCUGAACAACCCAUUUUUGUUGGGUUCAGACUUCAGACUUGGAAGAGUAAUUGCUUGCCUAUAUUUCUCAUCUCCAACAUCUGAAAUCCAUUUAUUUUCGUGUCAUCCCUCCCCUUCUCCUUUUGUUUUAAGGACAUCCUCUCCUGUUUACAUUAAAAAGCAGUAUUUUGACAGCGCAGAACAGGCUAGCUAUAUGUGGCUGGAAGCAAGAACAAAGUCAACUGGUUAAACCUCUCCCUCUGCAUCUCGUUUCCACUUUGCAGGCUCACGAUGGAAAUCAAUGUCAAAUCAGGAGAAGCAGCCCUACUAUGAGGAGCAGGCUCGGCUCAGCCGCCAGCACCUGGAGAAGUAUCCCAAUUACAAGUACAAGCCCCGCCCCAAGCGCACCUGCAUCGUGGAAGGGAAGCGGCUCCGUGUCGGCGAAUACAAGGCAUUGAUGAGGAAUCGGCGCCAGGACGCCAGGCAGGGCUACCUGAUUGCGUGAGGCUCCCUGCCCCUUCUCCCCUCUGUUUGCUCCCGAGCCCAGCCAGGAGCUUCCUGUUGCUCAAAUCCGACUUAGGGAGUGGCUGAUUUGGGGAGCAAAAGACAGCCCAGCACGUCCCCUGCAAAGUGCCCUUUGCACGAGCAAAACCUCUGACUGUGGCCAGCAAAGGCUUCCUUGGUAGUCGCCACAGAGAGGCAUGCACAUUCUUAAAAAUUAUGCCUUGGUGGCAAGGACACAGCUGAUUUAUACUGACCCAGACAAACACUAAACCGGGGGUCUUAACUUUAAUCCUAUGGAUAGCCUCGCUGACUUUGAAGGGAUCACACAUGUGAUUAAAUACUUUGCUGGAUCACAUCACAUCAGCAUAGCUGGCACUUCACAGAAGACAGGCAGCCCCGAAAGCCCUUCCCAGGAUCUGGAAGCUGGUAUCCAGCAAGGGUCGUGGCAGACAGCUCCUCUGUUUCACUUGCAUUUCCUAGAGGGCAGCAUUGCCCAAAUACACUGCAAUCUAGGCGGAAUCUAGACACAUUUAGAAAUGCUGUGAAAAUGCUUUAUAAAAAAAAAGUUUUGAAAAAUAUAUUGAAUUUCCCAUAAGCUCACUAUCGCCAUCUAGUGUCAUAUUUGUAUAAUGCACUUCAAACGUUAUAUUUGCAGCUGUACAGCUGAGUCCCUAGUCCCUUGUGGAGAGGUGGGGCAUAUGUUAAUGGCGGAGCAGCAGGGAGGAGGCUAUGGUUCUCAUGCUGUAAUGUCUUUUCUAGACCUCAGGGCAGCCAGAUGCCUCCUUCCUCUUCGGAUCUUAUGUACCAGCGGUCAGUUGGGAUGCAGCUGGCUUCACCCCUGAUGGACCACUACCUGCCCCGUGGCAUGGAAGCAAACAUGCCGGUCAUCAUCAACACCCGUAGCCUGAAGCCAGAGGAAGGGGAUGGGGCUGAGGACAGUCAUUCAGUGCCCGAUGGCGAGAUGUACCACUACAGCGAAGAAGAGGAUUCGGAGGGCGAGGAGAAGAGCGAUGGCGAGCUGGUGGUUCUCACAGACUAA